AUUUCUACAUGAAUAAUAUUUAUAUUUCAAGAAUCAAACUCAUUUUAUGCUGAUAAUUUAGUGUCAUUUCACAAUUUAGUAAUAAUAAUUAUUAUUAUAAUUUCAACACUUACAAUUUAUAUUAUUUUUGAUUUAUUUAUAAAUAAAUUUUCAAAUUUAUUUUUAUUAAAAAAUCAUAAUAUUGAAAUUAUUUGAACAAUUGUUCCUAUUGUAAUUUUAUUAAUUAUUUGUUUUCCAUCAUUAAAAAUUUUAUAUUUAAUUGAUGAAAUUAUUAAUCCAUUCUUUUCUAUUAAAUCAAUUGGACACCAAUGAUACUGAUCAUAUGAAUACCCUGAAUUUAAUAAUAUUGAAUUUGAUUCAUAUAUAUUAAAUUAUAGAAAUUUAAAUCAAUUUCGAUUAUUAGAAACUGACAAUCGAAUAAUUAUCCCAAUAAAAAUUCCUAUACGAUUAAUUACUACAUCAACUGAUGUAAUUCAUUCAUGAACUGUCCCUUCAUUAGGUAUUAAAGUUGAUGCAGUUCCAGGUCGAAUUAAUCAAUUAAAUUUAAUUAGAAAACGUCCAGGAAUUUUUUUUGGUCAAUGUUCAGAAAUUUGUGGAAUAAAUCAUAGAUUCAUACCUAUUAUAGUUGAAUCAACAUCAUUUAAAUUUUUCUUAAAUUGAAUUAAUAAAAUAAACUAA